AUGGGUGGAAGUCCGCCGUGCGCGUCGUGCAAGUUGCUUAGGCGACGGUGCGCCAAGGAUUGCAUAUUCGCGCCGUAUUUCCCUUCGAACGAUCCUCACAAGUUCGCCAUUGUUCACAAGGUUUUCGGCGCUAGCAAUGUUAGCAAAAUGUUGCAAGAGCUGCCGGCGCCGCAAAGACCGGACGCGGUGAGCAGCCUGGUGUACGAGGCGAAUGCGAGGGCGAGGGAUCCCGUUUAUGGGUGCGUGGGCGCGAUAUCGUUCCUGCAGAGCCAAGUGUCGCAGCUGGAGAUGCAGCUAGCCGUGGCGAAGGCCCAGAUAUUCUAUGUUCAAAUGCAACACCAGGCGGCGGCGGCGGCAGCGGCAGCGGCGGCGACGAUGAUACUCGAUGAGGAAGACGGCGGUGAUGAUAGAAUAUUAAGGUCUUCUAGUGAAUUAUUAUAUCAUGAGAUGCUCAAUUUUGGACACCAUAAUAAUAAUAAUAAUAAUAAUAAUUCGAUUAGUGAUUUGAUUUAUUACGAGGAUUUGAAGGAGUCGUCGUCUUUGGACAUGCUUUCUUGA